AUGGUCCCUGAACGAUGGCGUCACCACCUGGACUACCUCAUCACCCUUCUCGGUGGCAGCAUUGGGGCGGGUUCACUCAUCAAGUUCCCGUAUUUAUGUAUGCGUAAUGGUGGAGGCCUUGGACUCGGGAUUGCUCUAGUUAAUUGGAUAUUUGUAACAUACUACCUAGCCAUAUUCAGCUGGUUUAUGUACUACUUCUACCACUCAUUCUUCGCCGACCUCCCCUGGACCAGCUGUGACCACUCCUGGAACACCCCUGGAUGUAUAGAUGGCCUCGACAGCAGCGUCUGGAACUACUACUCAACCAAUGAUACCCAAGUCAUUGAUAGCAACAUCAGUAAAGUCACUUUGACAGUCCCUGGCAUGACUGCUGCAGAAGAGUUUUGGAGAUUCCAGGCACUACAGAUGACUGACAGCCUGGAAGACCUCGGUGGUGUACGCUGGCCGCUCGUUGGGUGCAUGGCUCUGACCUGUGUGAUCAUGUUUUUAUUUGUGUUUCGAGGUAUCAACAUUUCAGGAAAGGUGUUCCCGAAAGUCGAGCUGUGCGAUGUUCUAACUGUAGCACUGGCAUUUUCGAUUGCAAGCACUUGUAUAAAGUCACGGAUUGUUUUUUACAUUCCUCAAUUUGAGGUCGUUUACGUCACUGUUGCUGUUCCCAUCCUCCUGGUCAUUGUCUUCAUCAUCCAGGGAAGUCUCCUUCCGGGUUCUGCAGCAGGAAUUUACUUCUUUGUAAAUCCGAACUUUGAGAAACUUUUGAAUCCAAAAGGUGGUGUUUACCUUGUGACUCUGACUGACUGGUACGCCUUCUUCCCUGCCAUAGCUGUGUUCGGAAUGCUGGAGUGUAUCCUUGUCAGUUGGUGCUACGGAUUCGAGAGGCUGAAACAAGACAUCAGCACUAUGUGGGGAGAGGCAGUCCCCAGAGUCAUGAUGCUGUCCAUCAAAUAUGUUUGUCCUCUCCUAUUGUUGGCCAUAUUCUGCUCGUCCAUCUACUCGCACCGACCACCGAAAUACGGAGACUACAUCUACCCAGCGUGGGCUGCCGGAGUUGGCUGGAUGAUAUCCUGCAUUUCCAUAAUACCGCUGCCGAUCGUCUUCAUCUGGACCGUAUACAACACACCUGGAACGACGCUCAAACAGAAGUUACGGACAUCCUUUCAACCCAAGAACCAGUGGCGCCGACACACGCUCUCUGACACGGCAAACAAUCAAGCUCUGCAACCAAUUCAAUUUGUACAAGGCGGUGAAUGCGGCCCUGAUGACCUCGAGCAAGAAACAGACUGA